CCCAAAAUAUAUAUUAUAAAACCCAAAGGUAGCAGUACAAAUCAAUCCUUAAUUUUUCGAUUUAAAAAGUGCCAAAAGAAAUUACUGAGAAUUCCUAAAGAAAUUCUAUAAAUACUUGGAGUUAACCGCUCAGCCGCUCAGUUUACGUCGGACUCGAGUCGGGCUACCAUCAACGAUCAACGUGUGGAGUGUCUCUGCCAUAAUUCCAGCUCCAGCUAAACCGGUUUCAGAAACUCAACAACGCGCAGGCACUGGGCUUCGGGACUGAAGCUAAUCAGCUUGAGGUGGUGCAUGCGGUACGAGUCCACCAGCCAACCAUCGUCGUUGCCGCCUUUGCUGGGAUUCCGACAAAACUCCUCGAAAUCCUCCUCCAAGUUCCUGAGCCUUUUGCAAAAGAGAAUGAGGUUGCUCAGCCAACUAUUCUGGCUCCUCCUGCUGACUAUAGUUCCCUUGAUCCUUGCUGUAUAUGAAGACUAUCGCCUGCCCAGUGCCUUGGAGCCUCAGCAUUAUGAUCUACGGAUUCUCACCCACAUGGAUGAACUCCGAUUCGAGGGCCUGGUGAGAAUCCAUCUGCUGGCACGAGAAUCUACCAGGAACAUCACCCUUCAUGUGAAAGAUCUAAAGAUAGAUGAGGAACGGACCACGGUGAGCUCUUUCCAGGAGGAAAACUGUGUGACCAGCAUAGAAACCCAUGAUCUUUACGAGUUCUACACCCUGCACUUGUGUCGGGAACUGGACAAGGGCAAGGUUUACCAGCUGGAAAUGCAUUUUGGGGCAAGCCUGAAUAAAUCGGAUUCGGGUUACUACAACAGUUCCUAUACGGAUGCGAAAACGAAGCAAGUUCUUAACCUAGCGGUGACACAAUUUUCACCAACAUUCGCUCGUCAAGCCUUCCCCUGUUUCGAUGAACCCUCCUGGAAGGCUACCUUUAAUGUUACCCUGGGAUAUCAUACAAACUACACGGGAUUGAGUAACAUGCCAAUUGUGGGAUGCCAAGAGCACGAAACCCUUGACCACUAUAUUUGGUGUCAGCACGAAACGCUCUUAAGGACCUCCACUUACCUAGUGGCCUAUGCCGUUCAUGAUCUGCCGAAUAGAACCACAACUGCCGAUAAGCAAACCCCUCACAACAAAGUAACUUUCCGUAACUGGAUACAGCCAGAUCUGCUGGAUAAAGAAAUGCAAUUCCUGGAAAUGGCACCCAAAUUAAUCACCUUCUUCGAGGAACUUUUCCAGCUUAAUUUCCCGCUGGCGAAAAUCGAUCAGUUUGUUGUUCCCACGCACCGAUUUACUGCAAUGGAAAACUGGGGCCUGGUCACCUACAAUCAGUUUAAUUUGGCCAUUAACCCCAAUGACGAUCUGCAGGUAAAGAAGGAUUCGAAUACCUUUACCGCCGGCCAUGAGUACGCGCAUCAGUGGUUCGGGAAUAUGGUGACCAUGAAGUGGUGGAACGAUCUCUGGCUGAAGGAGGGACCUUCUACCUAUUUUUCCUACCUGGCCAUGGAUGCUCUGCAGCCAAAGUUGAAAAAAGGAGAGGCAAUGAUUGCCGAGGAUCUAGGGAACUUUUUUGCCAAAGACUCGUUUGGUUCAAUGACAGCCAUCUCGAAGGAGGUACGUGAUCCUGGCCAGAUCUUGGCGCAGUUCUCGGAUUACGUCUAUCAGAAGGGAUCGUUGAUGAUCAGGAUGCUGCACAAGGUGCUGGGAGAGGAUGCCUUUCUCCAGGGCAUUCGUUCUUUUCUAAAACAGCACGCUUUGGGGAAUGUGGUUCAGGCGGAUCUAUGGGAAUCCAUGCAGAAGGCUGCUCAACAAGAAAAGGUUAUCUCUGCAGACUUUAACCUGAGUAGAGCCAUGGACACGUGGACCCUUCAAGGUGGCUAUCCCCUGGUCACCCUCAUCAGGGAUUACAAAACAGGCACGGUUGCCCUCAAUCAAACCAGGUUUUAUAGGGGAAAGGAGACUGAGGGGAACUCCACCUGCUGGUGGAUACCUCUAAGUUUCGUCAGACAAGGCCUGCCUGAUUUUGAGAAAACUAUACCACAGGCAAGCCUGGAAUGUCCUGGAAAGACCCAAGAAGUUCUGACACUGCCGGAUCCCCCAAGUGCCCAGGAAUGGCUGCUUGUUAACCCACAGGUUAGCUCCAUAUUCAGGGUUAACUACGACGAGCACAACUGGCGCCUGAUUAAACAGAGUCUCAAGGGUGAUGCCAAGUUUGGUGGAAUUCACAAACUGAACAGGGCUCAGUUGAUAGAUGAUAUGAUGGCCUUGGCUUCUGUUCGAAUUCAAAGCUACGAAUGGGCCUUCGAUGUUUUGGAGUAUCUAAGGAAGGAGACGGAGGAUCUGCCUUGGAAGAGAGCCUUAGCAUUAUUAAACGAACUGGGAGCUUUGCUGAGUGGCCAGGACAAGAAUGAUUUCAAAGUCUACAUGCAACAGCUAAUCUCACCAUUGUACAAACGCUUCUCAAAGCUGGAAAUCAUAUCAAAGACCAAGCCAGCCACCAACGAGAUAUCCUUCCAGAGAUUUGCGUACACUCAGGCCUGCCACUACCACGUGGAUGAUUGCGUCGAGCAGGCCAAGGCACUGGCGAUAUCCCGACAGGAGCUACCCUCCGAUUUUAGGGAACUGGUCUAUUGUUCCUUUCUCAGAGAAGGCGGGGAGGUAGAGUUCCAAUUGGUGCUGGGACUCUUUAAGAAUGCCACUAAUGAUGCUCAGCAACUUAUAUGGGCCUCUGCUCUUGGCUGCAGUCGGGAUUUUAAUCAUUUGAAGGAAUUUCUGGACUUAACCUUGGGAUCAAAAGAGAAAGCCGUCAAGAAUUGCUUUCUGGCUGCGGUAAAGACAGCUUUAAGUGGGGAUUACCUGACUUCCCAGACAACUAACCAUAUCCUGAGCCAUGCGAAAGUCAUAGGUGAAAAGUUUAAGAAGAAGGAGCUUACAAGCCUGCUGCUUCGAUUGGUUGGACAGGUUAAGGAAUCUAAGGUAUUGGAGGAACUCAAUGAUCAGUUGAAGGAUAUCAAGCCGUUCAAGAAACCCCUCAAGGAAGCCCUCGAUCUGGCCAGCAUAAAUCAGCAAUGGCAAGAGGAUUGCGCCGGGGAUUUUAGUCGGGCUUUGAGGAAGCAUAUUUAAACUUUAAACUUUUUUAAA